GACUGGCAGCCACCGUUUGCGUGUGAUGUCGAUAAGCUUCACUUCACACCGAGGAUCCAGAGGCUCAAUGAACUAGAGGCCCAAACUCGUGUAAAGCUGAAUUUUCUGGACCAGAUUGCAAAGUUUUGGGAGCUUCAAGGAUGUACCCUGAAAAUUCCUCAUGUGGAGAGGAAGAUCUUAGAUUUAUUUCAGCUGAAUAGACUAGUUGCAGAUGAAGGAGGAUUUGAUGUAGUUUGCAAAGAGAGAAAAUGGACCAAAAUAGCCACGAGGAUGGGAUUUGCUCCUGGCAAAGCUGUGGGCUCCCACAUCCGCGCGCAUUACGAGCGCAUUCUCUAUCCUUACAAUCUAUUCCAGUCUGGAGCAAGCCUGUUGUGCUUGCAGAAACCAGAUCUCACCAGUGACACCAAGGACAAAGAAUAUAAGCCCCAUGAUAUUCCACAGAGACAGUCUGUUCAGCCAUCUGAAACUUGUCCACCUGCUCGUCGAGCAAAGCGCCUGAGAGCAGAGGCAAUCAAUAUUAAAACUGAAUCUGACCCUCCAGAAGCCAGAACUCAUAAUCUGAGACGUAGAAUGGGAUGUGCACCUACCAAGUGUGAAAAUGAUAAGGAAAUGCACAGCCCAGGGAAACUUCCUGAGAAGAGGGAACAUGCUGGGGAGCCAGAGAAAGACAAAUCCAAAGUCCGGUCUAAAAAGCCCACUAAUGCUGUGGAUCUGUACGUGUGUCUCCUGUGUGGCAGUGGGAACGAUGAGGACCGACUCCUGCUGUGUGAUGGCUGUGAUGACAGUUACCACACUUUUUGUUUGAUUCCACCCCUUCACGAUGUUCCCAAAGGAGACUGGAGGUGUCCCCAGUGUCUGGCUCAGGAGUGUAAUAAGCCUCAAGAAGCAUUUGGUUUUGAACAAGCAGCAAGAGAUUAUACACUGCGCACGUUCGGAGAAAUGGCCGAUGCAUUCAAGUCAGACUAUUUUAACAUGCCCGUACAUAUGGUCCCCACUGAGCUGGUUGAAAAAGAAUUCUGGAGACUUGUUAGUACCAUUGAAGAGGAUGUGACAGUAGAAUAUGGAGCUGAUAUUGCUUCAAAGGAAUUUGGAAGUGGCUUCCCAGUUAGGGGUGGGAAAUUUAAAGUUAGACCAGAAGAAGAGGAAUACCUUGAUAGUGGCUGGAAUUUAAACAACAUGCCUGUGAUGGAGCAAUCUGUUCUUGCUCACAUCACUGCAGACAUAUGUGGAAUGAAACUGCCCUGGCUCUAUGUAGGAAUGUGCUUUUCUUCAUUCUGUUGGCAUAUAGAAGACCACUGGAGCUAUUCCAUUAACUAUCUGCACUGGGGGGAGCCUAAAACGUGGUAUGGAGCCCCAGGGUAUGCAGCUGAACAGCUGGAGGAUGUAAUGAAGAAGCUUGCUCCAGAGCUAUUUGAAUCUCAGCCAGAUCUCUUGCACCAACUUGUCACCAUAAUGAACCCGAAUACUUUGAUGGCCCACGGAGUGCCUGUCUAUCGAACCAAUCAGUGUGCUGGAGAGUUUGUGAUCACCUUUCCAAGAGCUUAUCACAGUGGCUUCAAUCAGGGGUUCAAUUUUGCUGAAGCUGUGAACUUCUGCACAGUUGAUUGGCUGCCCCUGGGCCGCCAGUGCGUGGAGCAUUACCGGCUGCUGAGCCGCUACUGCGUGUUUUCCCACGAUGAGAUGAUCUGUAAAAUGGCUUCCAAAGCAGAUGAUCUUGAUGUUGUGGUAGCAUCUACGGUUCAGAAAGACAUGGCUAUUAUGAUUGAGGAAGAGAAGAAAUUGCGUGAGAAGGUGGAUAAACUGGGAGUGACCGACUCAGAGAGAGUGUCUUUUGAGCUGUUUCCUGACGAUGAGCGACAGUGCUUGAAGUGUAAAACCACCUGUUUCAUGUCUGCUGUUUAUUGUCCAUGUAAACCUGGAUUAUUGGCGUGCUUGUAUCAUGUUGAGGAACUCUGUUCCUGUCCUACCUUCAAAUACAAACUGGGGUACCGCUACACCCUGGAGGAGCUGUAUCCCAUGAUGAACGCCCUCAAGAUGCGCGCGGAGUCCUACAACGAAUGGGCUUCCACUGUUAAUGAAGCUCUGGAGGCAAAAAUUAACAAUAAAAGAAGUCUCAUCAGUUUUAAGGCUUUGAUAGAAGAAUCAGAAAUCAAAAAGUUUCCAGACAAUGAUCUUCUGAGACACCUCAGAUUGGUGACACAGGAUGCAGACAAAUGUGCCUCAGUUGCACAGCAGCUUCUUAAUGGCAAAAGACAAACCAGGUACCGCUCCGGAGGGGGGAAGUGCCCAAACCAGCUGACGGUGAACGAGCUGCGGCUGUUCGUGAGGCAGCUCUAUGCUCUGCCCUGUGUCCUCAGCCAGACACCCCUGCUAAAGGAUCUUCUUGAUCGUGUGGAAGCUUUCCAACAGCAAAGCCAAAAACUCCUGUCUGAAGAAAUGCCCAGUUCUGCAGAGCUGCAGGAGCUGCUGGAUGUCAGCUUCGACUUCGACGUCGAUCUGCCCCAGCUGGCGGAGCUGCGGACGCGGCUGGAGCAGGCCCGCUGGCUGGAGGACGUGCAGCUGGCUUCUGCAGACCACAGCUCGCUCACUCUGGAUGACAUGAGACGUCUGAUAGACUCAGGUGUUGGACUGGCUCCCUACCCAGCAGUUGAGAAAGCGAUGGCAAAGCUGCAGGAGCUCCUCACUGUGUCUGAACACUGGGAUGACAAAGCCAGGAAUCUGAUAAAGGCCAGACCGCGGCAGUCGCUGAGCAGCCUGGCAGCGGCGGUGAAGGAGCUGGAGGAGAUCCCAGCCUAUCUCCCCAGUGGUGCGGCCCUGAAGGACGCGGUGCAGAAGGCCAAAGACUGGCUGCAGGAGGUGGAAGCUCUGCAGGCUGGAGGACGUGUGCCUGUCCUGGACACACUGGUGGAACUUGUCACAAGAGGUCGAUGCAUUCCAGUGCAUCUGGACUACCUGCCCAGGCUGGAGUCCUUGGUGUCAGAAGUGCAAGCGUGGAAGGAGUGUGCAGCCAACACGUUCCUGUGUGAGAACUCCCCUUACUCUCUUCUGGAGGUCUUAUGUCCCCGCUGUGAUAUUGGAAUGCUGAAUCUGAAGAGAAAGCAGAAGAAGCUGAAGGAUCCAGUGCCAGGUGGAAAAAAGAAAAGCACCAAGAUGGAGACUCUGAGUGACCUAGAAAGAGCUCUCUCAGAGAGCAAAGACACUGCAGCUGCAAUGGUGACGCUUGGGGAAGCCCGGAGCAGGGAGAUGGAGGCGCUGCGCUCGCUGCGCGCGGCCAACGAGCUGAAGGUGCUGUCUGGGGAGGAGGAGGCAGAGCUGAAGGUCUGCGUGUGCCAGAAGGAGCCGGCAGCCCCCAUGGUGCAGUGUGAGCUCUGCAGAGGCUUCUUCCACACGGGCUGCGUGUCCGUGCCCAGCGCCGCGCCGGGGCCGCGCGUCUGGCUCUGUCCCCAGUGUCACCGCUCGGAGAAGCCGCCCUUGGAGAAGAUCCUGCCCCUCCUGGCCUCCCUGCAGCGCAUCCGCGUGCGGCUCCCCGAGGGGGACGCCCUGCGCUACCUGAUUGAGAGAACUGUGAACUGGCAGCACAGGGCGCAACAGAUGUUGUAUUCAGGGAAUCUAAAACUUCUACAGGACAAAGUUGGCUCAGGAUUACUGUACACCAGGUGGCCAGGCACGGCGGGCCAGCUGCCCGAGACAAACAAGGUUUCCCAGACUAUUGGAGCUAUGUCAUUCUCCAUGCCUCAUGACUGGGAUAACAGAACCAUAUAUUUACAUUCUCCAUUUUCUACAGGACAGCACUGCAUCCCACUCCAUGUCAUUAGCACAGAGCUGGAUGAGCUGAUGAUGGAAGCCCAGCUGCUACAGGUUUCUCUGCCUGAAAUACAGGAGCUGUACCAGACCCUGUUCACAAAGCAAAGCCCUGUUUUGCCAGCAGAGCAGAGGUCAUCCUUUGGACCCACAAAUGACAAGAACGAGUGUUGCCGAGGAAAAAAGGAUGGAAUUAGUUACAUGGAGAGAAAACUAAAGCGGCGUUUUGAGAGAGAGAGUUUCUGUGAUGAGAAGAGAGCAAGAGUAAAAAAAAUAAGAACACCCAAAAAGAAGAAACUGAAAUUGAGUCACUCAAAGGAUGUCUGCACAAACAAACUGGAGAGAGAGCGGGAGCGUUUCUUGGAGAUGCAGCGUUCCAGUGAGAGCCACUUGCUUCCUUCAGACAUGUCCUUCUCUGAGCAGGAGGACUCAGAGGAUGAAGAUGCUGUUUGCCCUGCUGUGAACUGUCUGCAGCCUGAGGGAGAUGAGGUUGAUUGGGUCCAGUGCGACGGCAGCUGCAACCAGUGGUUCCACCAGGUGUGUGUGGGCAUCUCUCCAGAGAUGGCAGAGAAGGAGGACUACAUCUGCAUCAGCUGCUCUGGGAAGGACUGUCCAUAUCGGAAGUAAAACUCCCCAUAAACCAUUCAGGACUGGAGUGAAAAAGGUUAUCAGAGUUUUCCAAUAAAGCCACAGGGGCUGGUUUAAGAACCAGAUUGCAAAUGGUGCUACUUCUAUCCUUAUGGGAUCAUUUUCCAGAACUCAAAACCAUUUUUGACACUUUUGUAUUUUCCCUUGAUCUGUUUGUGGUUGUUGAGGUUUGAGAUGCUGACUGUUGAGCAGGGGUUUCCACCAAUUGAGAAGGCAUUUGGACAUUGCACCUUUUCUUGUACAGCAUUAAAUUACCUCUCUGGGAUUUACCGGCAUAUUUAAUUCAACUUGGUUUAGGUGCAAAAAAAAACAAAGAACCUGCACCAUGAAUUUUCCAAUAAAUCCUCUUUUGAGGAAAUCCCUGUUUACUCUGUUAACUCUUUGGAGACUUUAGGUUUUUUUCCACUUUGUUUUUCGUAGAUUAGGUUUAUUUAUCUGAGCAAUAACUUCUAUGUCUGGUUU